CUUCCAUUCUCUUCCUCUCUCUCUCUCUCUCUCUCUCUCUCUCUCUCUUCACUCUUCCAUUCUCCACUCCACCCCCUUCUAUCCUUCUUGAGUUGUGGUCAGCUGUUUGCUGCUGCUCUCAUUAUUUGAUGUGUUGAGGCCUUAUACCCCUCGCAUAGAGAGCUACCAUCAUGAUCUCCACCCGCUUUGCGCGCAUGGGUGCGCUGGGCCCCAAGUCCCGUCUGUUCCUCGGGGCUCGGGGUCUGGCCACCGCCGGUUCCAACCCCCUCGACCGCAAGGUCGAGAUGACCAACUUCGAGAAGGGCAACUACAUCAACUACAAGAAGAUGUCCGAGAACCUUGACGUCGUUCGCCGUCGUCUGAGCCGCCCUCUCACCUACGCCGAGAAGGUUCUCUACUCUCACUUGGACGACCCGCACGGACAGGACCUCCAGCGUGGUGUCUCCUACCUGAAGCUCCGUCCCGACCGUGUUGCUUGCCAGGAUGCCACCGCCCAGAUGGCUAUCCUGCAGUUCAUGUCGGCCAACAUGCCCUCCGUUGCCACCCCCUCCACCGUCCACUGCGACCACUUGAUUGAGGCUCAGCUUGGCGGUGACAAGGAUCUGGCUCGUGCCAACGACAUCAACAAGGAGGUCUACGACUUCCUUGCCUCUUCCACUGGCAAGUACAACAUCGGUUUCUGGAAGCCCGGUUCCGGUAUCAUCCACCAGAUCAUCCUGGAGAACUACGCUUUCCCCGGUGGUCUGAUGAUCGGUACCGACUCUCACACCCCCAACGCUGGUGGUCUCGCCAUGGCCGCCAUCGGUGUCGGUGGUGCUGAUGCCGUCGAUGUCAUGGCUGGUCUCCCCUGGGAGCUGAAGGCCCCCAAGGUCAUCGGUGUCAAGCUCACCGGUGAGAUGUCCGGCUGGACCUCGCCUAAGGAUAUCAUCCUGAAGGUCGCUGGUCUCCUGACCGUCAAGGGUGGUACUGGUGCCAUCAUCGAGUACCACGGUCCCGGUGUCAACAACCUGUCUUGCACUGGUAUGGGUACCAUUUGCAACAUGGGUGCUGAGAUUGGUGCCACCACCUCCAUGUUCCCCUUCAACGACCGCAUGUACGACUACCUGAAGGCCACCAAGCGUACCGACAUUGGUAACUUCGCCCGCGACUACGCCAAGGAGCUCCGUGAGGACGAGGGUGCCGAGUAUGACCAGCUCAUCGAGAUCAACCUGUCCGAGCUGGAGCCCCACGUCAACGGUCCCUUCACCCCCGAUCUGGCUACCCCCAUCUCCAAGUUCGCCGAGGCCGUCGAUGCCAACGGCUGGCCCGAGGAGCUCAAGGUCGGUCUGAUCGGCUCUUGCACCAACUCCUCCUACGAGGAUAUGUCCCGUGCCGCCUCGAUUGCCCGUAACGCUCUGGACCACGGUGUCAAGUCCAAGGCCCUGUUCACCGUUACCCCCGGUUCCGAGCAGAUCCGCGCCACCAUCGAGCGUGAUGGUCAGCUGCAGACCCUGGAGGAGUUCGGCGGUGUCAUCCUGGCCAACGCCUGCGGUCCCUGCAUCGGUCAGUGGGACCGUAAGGACGUGAAGAAGGGUGAGCCCAACUCCAUCAUCUCGUCCUACAACCGUAACUUCACGGGCCGUAACGACGCCAACCCCGCCACCCACGCCUUCGUCGCUUCCCCCGACCUGGUCGUCGCCAUGUGCGUUGCUGGCACCCUCAAGUUCAACCCCCUCACCGACAAGGUGAAGGACAAGGAUGGCAACGAGUUCCUGCUCGCGCCCCCCACCGGCGACGGUCUCCCCAGCCAGGGCUACGACCCCGGCCGUGACACCUACCAGGCUCCCCCCAAGGACCGCGAGUCCAUCAGCGUCGCUGUCUCCCCCGAGAGUGACCGCCUGCAGAUCCUGGCCGGCUUCCAGGCCUGGAAUGGCCAGGAUGCCAAGGACCUCCCCAUCCUGAUCAAGUGCGAGGGCAAGACCACCACUGAUCACAUCUCCAUGGCUGGCCCAUGGUUGAAGUACCGUGGCCACUUGGACAACAUCUCCAACAACAUGCUGAUCGGUGCCGUCAACGCCGAGAACGGCGAGGCCAACAAGGUCAAGAACUGCUUCACCGGCAAGUACGACGCCGUGCCCGCCACUGCCCGUGACUACAAGGCCCGUGGCAUCCAGUGGGUUGUCAUCGGUGACUGGAACUACGGUGAGGGUAGCUCCCGUGAGCACGCCGCUCUGGAGCCCCGCCACCUGGGUGGUCUGGCCAUCAUCACCCGCUCCUUCGCCCGUAUCCACGAGACCAACCUGAAGAAGCAGGGUAUGCUGCCCCUGACCUUCUCCGACCCCGCCGACUACGACAAGAUCCAGCCCGAGGACAAGGUUGACCUGCUGGCCACCGAGCUCGAGGUCGGCAAGCCCGUGACCCUCCGCGUCCACCCCAAGGAUGGCAAGACCUAUGACAUCUCGCUGAGCCACACUUUCAACGAGUCCCAGCUCGAGUGGUUCCGGGACGGCUCCGCCCUGAACACCAUGGCCCGCAAGGCCGCUGGCAACUAAAGUUGUGAUUGCUGAACGCAGACGCAGCCGUUGCUGAUGGGAUUCUUUGUACCAUAUGCUCACUCUGCUUCGGUCCCUCCAGACCGGGACAGAUCCCGGGGUCCGUCGUCUCCACGGCGGUCUCCACAGCGACUGCGGCUUCUUGUCGCGGGUGAGAUCUUCCAAUGAAGGGAGCUGUGGAGUCAGUUGUGAAAAAUUUCUUAACGAUAUUCUUUUGAUGGCACUACCUUUUUUUAUUUCCUUGUUUAAUCCGUCGAGAGUUUGGGUGGGGCUACCAUGGAUAUAGUCCUUGUGUUUUGUUUAAACUAUAUCAUCUCUUGUAUGUUAGGGACUGCAUGCAUUUUUUCAUUGUUCA